AUGUCGCCCACCUCUCCCCUUCGGGACCCCGACUCCUUUCUUUCGCCCCGUACGAGCGGAGAAACAAUAGAUGGAAGACAUGUCCGCGAAGUCUUGAACCAGGACCCCAUACUAUCACCCGCCAGUGUUGUGAGCAACUGGCGCGAAGAUAAGAAGCCGCAUAGUCGACUACGACACGCGAUCGGAAUCCUAUUGCUUCUGGCUACGGUGUUCUUGUGGACCACGAGUAAUUUUCUGGCCAGUACUAUCUUCGCUGAUAACUCAUAUUCGAAACCGUAUCUAGUAACCUACGUUAACACGUCGUUCUUCAUUAUCCCCCUCAUACCUAUGCUAGCAAAGCAUGCAUGGGAUGAGCGCUCGAAUCCCUCUCAACCAUUCGUCACCAGUAUCCGAGACCUCCUCAAACGCCGUGUGGGCAGAUACAAGCUCUUGCGCGAUCAUGAAUCACGCUCAUCCUCUGUAGCAUCAGCAAAGAGCCGAGAUUCGAGCCGCUCGGAAGCCAGAGAACUCCUGCUCGGCGAUGGAAUGCAGGAGAGCCGCGAGCUCUUCGACAGUGAAGGGGAGGGAUUGACACUCCGUGAGACGGUCCGGUUGAGCCUCGAGUUCUGCAUCCUCUGGUUCUGCGCAAACUACUUCGCCGCAGCGUGUUUGGAAUACACCACCGUAGCUUCCGCUACCAUUCUCACCUCGACGAGCAGUAUCUGGACUCUCCUGGUUGGCUCCAUCCUUCGUGUGGAGCGCUUCACACUCCGGAAAUUCUUAGGCGUGGUCGCCUCUCUAGUUGGCGUCGUGCUCAUCGCCUCCAUCGAUACCUCUGGCGAGACCGACGAAAACCGAGGCUCUUUUCCGCACAAGACGCCUCGCGAACUGGCCCUCGGCGAUGUCAUGGCUUUUGUCUCCGCGGUGCUGUACGGCUUCUACGCCAUCCUGAUGAAGAAGCGCAUCGGCGACGAGAGCAAAGUCAACAUGCCUCUGUUCUUUGGCCUAGUCGGACUCUUCAAUGUGAUACUUCUCUGGCCGGGAUUCAUUCUGCUUCAUUGGACCGGUGUCGAGCCCUUCGAACUGCCUCCUACCAACCGCAUUCUUACCAUCGUCCUUGUGAAUUCCGCCUCGUCCCUAGUGUCUGAUUACAGCUGGGCAUACGCAAUGUUGCUUACCUCACCUCUUAUUGUUAGCGUGGGGUUGAGCUUGACCAUCCCGUUGUCGCUGAUAGGGCAGAUGAUUCUGGAUUCACAGUACAGCAGUGCUUUGUAUUGGGUCGGCGCUGUUAUUAUGUUUCUGUCUUUCAUAUUCAUCAACCGCGAGGAGCAGAAAGAUGAGCAGCAGGGUGUACAAGGCGCAGGGCCGAUCUUGAACACCACUGACUCUCUGCAGAAUGGAGAUGAUUUUGAGCGAUGA